GCGCGGCUUUCUGCGAGAUCAUCUGCAGCAACAAAUCUGCUCCUCAUCCUGAAGACAAUCUGCUCCUUUCUGCGGCGGGGCCAUGGAGGUGUCCUCUCACAGCCUCUUCCUGCUGCAGCAGCUCAACGUCCAGAGAGAGUUUGGCUUCCUGUGCGACUGCACGGUCGCCAUCGGGAACGUCUACUUCAAAGCUCACCGUGCCGUGCUGGCCGCCUUCUCCAACUACUUCAAGAUGAUCUUUAUCCACCAGUCCAGUGAGUGCAUAAAGAUCCAGCCCACGGACAUCCAGCCAGACGUCUUCAGCUACCUGCUUCACAUCAUGUACACCGGCAUGUGUCCCAAACAGCCCGUAGAUCAGAGCCGGCUCCAGGAGGGCAUCAAGUUCCUCCACGCCUACCAGCUGUGCCGGAAACCAGGAGAGGGCGCCGCAGACACCGCCUCUGAUGUGGUUCGCAUGUCAAACCUUUAUGGCAUCCAGAUCUCCUCCCAGCUGGCCAACAAAGACACAGCAGGAGCCCCAAAGUCCACCUCAGGGUCCCGCGGGGCCCCAGAAGAUGGACGCUCCUCUGGCCGAGGGGGCCGGUCCAGCUCCCAGCUGUCUCUAGCUGUGGGACUGGAGGGUGUUCCAUCAGACCACCAGGGCUCCGGCCUACGCAAUGUCUGCUCUGUGGCGUCAGGAGACGACUCGGACAUCUCGACCCGCAUCAAGCAGGAGCGUUUGGAGGAGGAGGACGGGGAUGAUGGGGAGGAAGGGCAGGGGGCGGGGUCUCUGUCUCCAGCCCAAGGUAGCAGUCCCAGUCAGGGCCUCCUGUUCAAAGACCGGUCCCUGGUCCUGUUGUGUCCACGUUGUGGUGAGCGGUGCUCGUCUCCAGAGGGUCUAAGGGAGCACCUAUUCACCCACGCCCUCGACCCCACCCGCUUGAUGGAAGGGCUGUCCCAGAGCGGCGAGCUGGAUGCUGGCGGUGAGGAGGGGCCUCCAGGGGCCCAGGAGCAGCUGGAUGCGGGGUGUCUCGAGGAGGCGCUAAGACAGAGCCAGGCGCUCGCCAACCAGCUAGCCGCAGAGCUAAGGAGGAGCCGAGGGGGAGGAGGCGGAGGGGGGAACAGCCCCGCCCCCGCCGUCCUGCACUCCCGCAAAAGAAAGAUCGCCUGCGCCGUGUGUAGUCUGCGCUUCUCCCACAAGAGCCAGCUGCAGGAGCACAUGUACACCCACACGGGCAAACCAUCGCGCUACCACCGAUACAACCGCCUCUGCAGCCAGCUCUUCCAGGCCUCCGCCCACUUCUGCGAAGGCGGCGCAGAGCCUUCGGGAGGGGGCGUGGCUGGGGGCGUGGCCUCCACCGGUGUCGCAACGCUCUCCGAGGAGCCGAACAGGGACACUCAGGACAACGGCAGCUCCUGCUACUCCCUGGACUCUGAGAUCUCCCAGGAGAGCGUGGAGGGCGUGCCUGUCGAGUGAUGACAUCAGAGGAGUGAUGUCAUCAUACGGGUGAUGACGUCAUCAUACAGGUGAUGUCAUCAUAUGGGUGAUGGCAGCUGUUUGAUUGAGCUCACAGGUGGUUCUGUUGUGUGUGUGUGUGUGUGUG